AUGGGCUUGGAGCCGCCCCUGGCCCUUUCCCUGUCCUUGAUGUCCUCGCCGCGGCCGCGCGGACCCCAGGCCUCCGCGGGUCGGAGCUCGGGCUGCUCGGAAGCCCUGGAGCGCUGCCGCCCUCGGAGUCUUCCCGGGUCCCGCUCUGCGCCCGGGAACUGCCGCGCGCAGCAGCACCUACCGCAGCUGGAGGAGCCCCUGCCUCAAUCCAUCCUGCCGCGCCGCUCCCCGCGCCCGGCGGCUCCAGCCCGACUUCGGCCCCUUCCCCUGCUCCCUCCGGAAAUCGGGCGGCGCAGCGCCGCCCUGGGGGCCGCGGGGCGCUCGGAGCAGCAGAUCCCGCUCUCCGUGGUGAAGCUCUGGGCCUCGGCGUUUGGUGGGGAGAUAAAAUCCAUUGCUGCUAAGUACUCGGGCUCCCAGCUUCUGCAAAAGAAAUACAAAGAAUACGAGAAGGACGUUGCCAUUGAGGAAAUCGAUGGUCUCCAGCUUGUGAAAAAGUUGGCAAAGAACAUGGAAGAGAUGUUUCACAAAAAGUCGGAAGCAGUGCGUCGUCUUGUUGAAGCUGCAGAGGAAGCACAUCUGAAACAUGAAUUCGAUGCAGACUUGCAGUAUGAAUACUUCAAUGCUGUGCUCAUCAACGAGAGGGACAAAGACGGGAACUUUUUGGAGUUGGGGAAAGAAUUCAUCUUAGCGCCAAAUGACCACUUUAAUAACUUGCCUGUGAACAUUAGCCUGAGUGAUGUCCAAGUGCCGACAAACAUGUACAACAAAGACCCUGCGAUUGUCAAUGGAGUUUACUGGUCUGAAUCCCUGAACAAAGUUUUUGUAGAUAACUUUGACCGAGACCCAUCUCUCAUCUGGCAGUACUUUGGAAGUGCAAAGGGUUUUUUUAGACAAUAUCCAGGGAUGAAAUGGGAGCCUGAUGAAAAUGGAGUCAUCGCCUUUGACUGCAGGAACCGAAAAUGGUAUAUCCAGGCAGCCACCUCUCCAAAAGAUGUGGUCAUUUUAGUGGAUGUCAGUGGCAGCAUGAAAGGACUCCGUCUGACCAUUGCGAAGCAAACGGUCUCCUCCAUCUUGGAUACGCUGGGGGACGAUGACUUCUUCAACAUCAUUGCAUACAAUAAUAACACCCACUAUGUGGAACCUUGCCUGAACGGGACACUGGUGCAAGCUGACAGGACAAACAAAGAGCACUUCCGGGAGCACCUGGACAAGCUGUAUGCACAAGGAAUCGGGAUGCUGGACAUAGCUCUCAAUGAAGCUUUCGACGUCCUCAGAGAUUUCAAUCACACGGGGCAGGGCAGCAUCUGCAGCCAGGCGAUCAUGCUCGUCACCGACGGGGCAGUGGACACCUAUGAUGCCAUCUUUGCAAAAUACAAUUGGCCCGACCGAAAGGUCCGCGUGUUCACGUACCUCAUUGGGAGAGAGGCUGCUUUUGCAGACAACCUCAAGUGGAUGGCCUGUGCCAACAAAGGGUUCUUCACCCAGAUCUCCACCUUGGCUGACGUGCAAGAGAACGUCAUGGAAUACCUGCACGUCCUCAGCCGGCCCAAAGUAAUCGACCAGGAGCACGACGUCGUGUGGACGGAAGCGUAUAUCGACAGCACUCUCCCCCAGGCACAAAAGCUCACCGACGAUCAGGGCCUCGUCCUAAUGACCACAGUGGCCAUGCCCGUGUUUAGUAAGCAGAACGAAACCAGAUCGAAAGGCAUUCUCCUUGGUGUUGUGGGCACAGAUGUCCCAGUGAAAGAACUUCUUAAGACGAUCCCUAAAUACAAGUUGGGGAUUCACGGCUAUGCCUUUGCGAUCACAAACAACGGAUAUAUCCUGACGCAUCCAGAACUCAGGCCCCUGUACGAAGAAGGGAAAAAGCGCAGGAAACCCAACUACAGCAGCGUGGACCUCUCCGAGGUGGAGUGGGAAGACAGAGACGACGUGCUCAGGAACGCCAUGGUGAACCGGAAGACCGGCAAGUUUUCCAUGGAGGUGAAGAAGACGGUAGACAAAGGGAAGCGGGUGUUGGUGAUGACAAACGACUACUAUUACACGGACAUCAAGGGCACCCCUUUCAGUUUAGGUGUGGCGCUCUCCAGGGGCCAUGGGCAGUAUUUCUUCCGAGGCAACGUGACCAUUGAAGAAGGCCUCCACGACUUAGAGCAUCCCGAUGUGUCUUUGGCAGAUGAAUGGUCCUACUGCAACACUGACCUACACCCCGAGCACCGCCAUCUGUCUCAACUUGAAGCGAUGAAGCUCUACCUCAAAGGCAAAGAGCCUCUGCUCCAGUGUGAUAAAGAAUUAAUUCAAGAAGUUCUCUUUGACGCUGUGGUGAGCGCUCCCAUUGAAGCGUAUUGGACCAGUCUGGCCCUCAACAAAUCUGAGAACUCUGACAAAGGCGUGGAGGUGGCCUUCCUUGGCACACGCACUGGCCUUGCGAGAAUCAACCUGUUUGUUGGUGCUGAACAGCUCACCAAUCAGGACUUCCUGGCAGCUGGAGACAAGGAGAACAUUUUUAAUGCUGACCAUUUCCCUCUGUGGUACCGAAGGGCUGCAGAGCAGCUUCCCGGGAGCUUCGUCUACUCCAUCCCGUUCAGCACAGGAACUGUCAACAGAAGCCAUGUGGUGACAGCAAGCACCGCCAUCCAACUCCUCGAUGAGCGGAAAUCCCCAGUGGUGGCAGCUGUCGGCAUUCAGAUGAAGCUCGAGUUUUUCCAGAGGAAGUUCUGGACUGCCAGCAGACAGUGCGCCUCUCUGGAUGGCAAGUGCUCCAUCAGCUGUGAUGAUGAGACUGUGAACUGCUACCUCAUAGACAAUAACGGAUUUAUUCUGGUGGCUGAAGACGACACACAGACAGGAGACUUUUUCGGCGAGGUCGAGGGAGCGGUGAUGAAUAAAUUGCUAACAAUGGGCUCCUUUAAGAGGAUCACCCUGUAUGAUUACCAGGCCAUGUGCAGAGCUAACAAGGAGAGCAGCGACAGCGCCCACGGGCUCCUCAAUCCUUAUCACACCUUCCUGGCUGCAGUGAAAUGGAUAAUGACAGAACUUGUCUUGUUCCUGGUGGAAUUUAACCUCUGCAGUUGGUCGCACUCAGACAUGACAGCUGGAGCCCAGAAGUUGAAGUACACCCUGGAACCUUGUGACACGGAGUACCCCGCGUUUGUCUCGGAGCGCACCAUCAAGGAGACCACCGGGAACAUUGCGUGUGAAGACUGCUCCAAGUCCUUUGUCAUCCAGCAGAUCCCGAGCAGCAACCUGUUCAUGGUGGUGGUGGACAGCAGCUGCCUCUGUGAGUCCGUGGCCCCGAUCACCAUGGCGCCCAUUGAAAUCAGGUAUAAUGAAUCUCUGAAGUGUGAACGAUUGAAGGCCCAGAAGAUCAGGAGACGCCCCGAAUCAUGCCAUGGCUUUCAUCCUGAGGAGAACGCCAGGGAGUGUGGGGGUGCAGGGCGCCUCCGGGCCCCGCUUCUGCUCCCUCUGCUUCUGCCGCUGCUCUCCAGGUGACGCUGCCUGAGCUGUCCUCCUGGCAUGCUAACUCGUGGUAAACUGUGAACCAAACUAUGGUGCGACGUAGGAGACACACAACAUAGACCAACCAUCAGCAUCUCAUGGUUUUAAACUGUGCGUGAUAUCAACUCUUAAAGAUAAUCUUUUUAUGUUGCCAGUCAUGCAAAAUGUGAGUUUGCCACAUGAUCAUCAUCCUUCAUCAGAAAUGGGACUGCGAGGGGGAGGCCGGUCCCCUCAGCUUGGGACCCGUUGAAAACCGUGUACUUUUUAAAUAAAGUAUAUUAAAAUCAUA